AUGGACGCACUCAAGAUUACCCACGCCAGCGCCCAAUUCCUGGACGAAACCAAAAACGAGGGGAACAAACUGUUUCGGAGCAAGAAGUAUGAAGAAGCUCUUGGCGUUUACCUGGGCGCCGUUGCGCAGCUCUGCGGUGAGCCAGUCGACUCCACGAAGGUUCGAAGCUGCGUCCAGUUUUUUCUCGAAAAUGGGACAAAAAAGGAGGUGGACGUUCCCGAGGGUACCAAGGGAGAUAUCCCCCACCUUAACCAGCAUGUCAAGGACCUGUUCACGAAAAUAUGCCACAACGUGUCCUUAUGUUACUACUUCCUGGACAGACUGGAAGAGGCAAUAGAUUACUCCUCGUACGUAAGUGAGUUGGAUGGAAAACACUACAAGAGUUACCACACGUUGGGCCUGUGCUACGAGAAGUUAAAGAAUUACAAAAAGUGCGUGGAGUGUUUCGAGCGCUGCAAGGUGGUCCUCCUGAAGGAGGUCACUUCUGGCAGUUCUGGCACUUCUGGAAGCCCUGUCACUUCUGGCAGCUCCAGUCACUCUUCCUCCCCCGGAAGUGCCGACGUGCGAAACGAAGUUAACCGAAUCAACGACAAGCUGAAGAAGCUAAUGAGAGAAAUGGAAGAAUCAAAGCAGCAGAAAGAGGGGGCAGGCAUCACCAUCGAUAUGAUCAAAAAGACCAUCCUCGAUGAUGCCAGCACGGAAGAGGAGAAAAUAAAAAUGAUCUACAGUAUUUACAAGCAUAAAAUACACACCCUUUUGAGGGAAAAUAUUUUCCACUUUUUCUCCAAAGUGUUGAAUCAUGGAGGGAACCCCCUAACCAUUGAGAAGGCAUGUCUCCACGUCAUCUACAAGCUAGUUUCUAAAAUGGAGAGAGAUACGGAGGAAACCUCAAGGAACACCAACCUGUGCAUCAACAAGGUCAGUGACAUGAAGCUGGAGUAUUACUACGAUCUCGAUUUCGUGAAAACGAUUUUAUCCUUCCAUGAGUCCUUCGACGAGCAGUGGAUAAAUAGCUAUGUAAAGGAUAAGAUGAAUAAAAUGGAAAUUCUCAAAUUCGAUAAAAACAAAGAGAGCUACCAACAUGUGAAGGACCUCCUCAUCUUUAUCAUCCAUAUUGUUAAGUACAUCCAUGUAGUAACAAAUGAAAAAGUGGUAAGAAUUCUCAAUGUGUAUUUUCUCUCUAACGACGAUGUAGAUAUAGCUAGCAGCACACUGGACGCAAUAAUUUUCCUCUGCAAAAAAAAAAAAUUUUUCAUACACAGGAGAAACACAAAUAGGGGAAAAAGUUCAGCCACCUUUUUGCGCACAUUAAAGGAAGAUGCACAUGUGGAUGUGCAGCACGAUCUGAUUGAAGCCCACUUUGGCGAUGUAUGCAAACACCCCCUCUGUGCCAACCUCGAAAUUAAGGCAACUAUUCAGCAGUGCAUUAGUAUGUAUGAGAAUUUCGGCAGUGACGUGGAGUAUGCCUUAAUACUUAUACUCUCUCUCCUGUAUGAUAAAAACAGACCGAGCGAAAAGGACACAGAAAUGAACGACCUCAUUUAUGAGUGCGUUGAUUUGUAUUUCAAACCAGAAGACAUUGGCGUGGAGUGGUUCCUUUCAGUUAAGUGCCUCUUCCUCGUGGACAAAAAUAUUGUUCUCAAUUACCUAAUUGGAAAAAAUCAAUACAUGUAUGACAUACUUACCUUUAUUAACCACUCCGUGGGAAGGAAACCAAAGAAAGAUGUAUCCCUUUUCAUCGACGUUUUGGUUCUACUUCUUAACAUCCCAGAGCUCCGUUUCAUGCUGAACAGCUACAUCGAUGUCUACAUCAAUAUUUUGAAGACCCUUCCCUAUGAUGAAAACUUUUUAAAGUUCCUCGUUGGGUCUUUCAAACUGUAUAUGCACAGCAAAGAAUUCAAGGAGGAAAUUGUGAAGAGAGUUGACUUGUUUUCCUACGCCAAGGAGUUGUUGAAGCGUUUCCUACUGCGCUGCGAGGGACAGAUGGGCAAGCUACUACCUGAGGAUGGUCCCACCCAGAAGGACCAUCACCCUCCAACCCGUUUGAACAAGCGGGAGUUUAUCGAAUCACCCGAGCAGCCCGCGGACAGCGCGGACUCAGCGCACAACGGCAGAAAGAACUGCGAACUGGUGAGCAAAAUGCCGAAGAAGCAUACGGGCGUUUCCUCGCAUGACAACACAGACUACGACGUGCACGCGCUUAAGGAUCUCAUCGAAAUGGUCUUCUACCUCAGCCUGCAUAUCGAAUUUAAAAAGCAGCUCCUCGAGCAAGACAACCACUACAUCCUCUUCUUCCUCAUCAAAGUCGGAGAUGAUAUUAACCAAAAAAAGCUAGACAAUACGUACAAGUACAUAUACUGCAAUACUAUCAACAAUUUAAUAUUAACAAGAAAGGAUGAAAAGGUCAGGCGAAGAGAAAUUAACAAAGCCAAUUUAUCAAACUUCGACUCUGAGCAAAUUGAAGCCCUGGAACAGUUUUACGAAAAGCUACCCACAGCAGCCAAACCCAAAACGGACCCCCUGUAUGACUAUGGAGAUGAGGAAACGAGCAAUCAGUUAAUUAACCUAUUGAUGUAUAAUGAGAACUACGUACUGAAGGUGAAAGAAAAGGGGGGCGAACAAGUCAUCCUACCCAAAGGGGGCGAACAAGCUGCCCUCCCCAAAGGGGGCAAGUACAAAAAUGGCGCAAUUGUUAACACCAUAUAUAAUUUUAUUAACACCAAUUUUUUUACCACCAACAUAGCAGAAGUUGUGUGUGAAAUCAUUUCCAAGCUUGUAAAAGACACAAAAAAUAUUGGCCUCGUACUUGUGAACAAUGGAUUGAAGACCCUACUGCUGGCGUCCAAACAUAUUGCUAAUAAAAAAAACUGCGCCUUAGCUUUGAGCGAAAUUUUUAUUUACACCAACCCCAAGUUGAUUCAUUUUUACGAGGCAUAUGAUUCACUGCCACUGCUGAUUCAGCAAAUGGGGAACGAAGAAGAACUGCUGGUGUUCAAGUCCUUAAUGGCCAUAACGAAUAUAUUGACCAUUGACGAGAACGUAGCCAUCAAGGCCAUGCAACUGAAUUUGUGGAACAAAUGCUUCGACAUCCUCGCAUCGGAAAAUGAGUCCAUAAGGUCGGCCAGCUUAGAGUGCAUAUGCAACUUAUGUUCUCAGCCGCACGUCCAUCAGUACGUGUAUGAUAAGUAUAAAAAAAUUGCCAAGGGGGAAGGAAAAGAUGAACAAAUCAAUUUCGUAGACAUACAAAUAUUGUUUUCUUUUACCAUGGAGAAGGAAAAUUACAAGGCCGUUUAUGCUUCUACUGGGGCACUUGGUAUGUUGUCCUCUGAUUUGCGCCUCCCUACAUUUUUAACACGGACAAAGGGUUUCCACCACGUUUUUAACGCGUUGAACGAAACGAACGAUGAGCAGAUUUUACUCCGCAUUUUAACCUUUUUCAACAACGUUAUACUGGGCGAAGAUGUUCCAUCGGAUGAUGUGAAACGGGUGAGGGAUGCGGUUCGGGGCAAGGCGGGCCUGAAGGGCGAAAAUGCGCAAAUUGCGCAGUUUAUUAUGCAGUGA